UUAAAAAAUGACUGUUUUACUCUAGCAAAUGUAUCCGUCGAUCGAUCGUUCCGUCGCGUACCGAUAGAUGUUCGCUGUAAACGCGCGUUUCUUCGUUUCUUCGUUUCUUCGUUUCGACGGAAUUAAUUGUACGCUGUGUAUCGUCGACGUUCGGACCUCGGGAACGGUCUCGAUCUCGAUCGACGGAGAUCGAUCGAAUUGUAAAUACUAAAGCUUGCGAUUCUUCUGUACGCCUACCUAACCUAACCGUGUAAACGUUGCCGGCUAAAUGUACGCGAAUGACGGUGAUCCUUCUAUUUUCUGAUAACCGAAUCGUCCCGACCGGUUUGUACGUUUGUAAUUUAGGAAAUUUUCGAGUCGUCGCGACCAACCGACCGAACAAUGUACCAGAACGAAAAACCUCGCUCAUCUUUUUACCGAAUAAAACGAAUCAUUAAGAAAAAUUGUCGACUCAAUGAAUGACUACGUACGCGUUGCGAUCGGAUAGAUGCUGCUUCUACGAGAACAUAACUCGAGCGCAACUUAAUAUCUAACGGCUUGUCAAUGUGGUGCUCGUAAACGUGUCUAUAACACUCGCUAUCGAAAACUACUCGUUUAUCUUAACCCGUACGCGAAUCGUCCGGCGGAAGAACGAGAAAGCUAACGAGAGAGCUAACGAGAAAGCUAACGGGAAACCGAAGACACGAAUCGGUGCGUUGUUUCGGCGCGACGUCGUUCGCGUCGAAACGGCCCUCGAGAAUGCUUUCAUGGUGAUCGGUUAAAUGUGUCCGUGUUCUGUAGCCGAAGUACUCGUCAGGUGCAGCGAUCGAACGGUACUAUCAAUAUCAGACGCUGUAUCUUCGAUUGAUGGCGGAAAAUCAUCAAAUGGCCUUCGAGAACGCGACUCCCGAAGCCGAUUGUCCCGGGAAAACGCAGCAGCGUACCGGCAACGAGCGCGUUCACGGCGAGGAGGACGCGGCCAAGAGUAAAGCGAGCGAGACGUCGUCGUUGGCUGGGAAGCGGCCGAUCACCGCGAGCAUUCGCGAUUCUUCCAGAUACUCUUGCCCCCGUUGCGGAAACGCGUACACCAGGCCCCAUUCGUUGAGCAGGCACAUGAGGUUCGAGUGCGGGGUCGAGCCGCAAUUCGAAUGUCCCGUAUGCCACAAGAAAUCGAAACACAAGCACAACCUGGUCUUGCAUAUGAGAACGCAUCAGAAACAUUGAGAGCGAAGAUAUUCGUUGUCUUUGUAAGAGAAUUUUGUAAGAGACCGCGUUAUCGCCCGCUUCUUUUCUACUUAGGACAAACGAGCUACGUUUUUCGAAAUCGUUAGCGUUCGCGGGAAAAGAAAACCGAAAAAAGACGCAUAUAUUUACGAUUGUACAGCAACAGAAAUAAAUAUGUAUUUUCUA